AAUUCACUAAAAUUUUGAGGGACUAAAAGACUGUGAAAACAAAGAAGUGCAAGGCUGCAUUCGCCUUUAAGGAGAUCAGCACAACUGAGGAACAGUCAUGCUCAUCUAAUAGGGCUGGUUUCAAGUUGCUUCAGGUAUGAGCACAAGCAUUCUGAGACAUCUGCUUUGUGGGUUUCAACCUCAUUAUGUUUCUCUCCAAAAUGGUUCCUUCCUCAAAUCACAUAAACAUAACAAUGCAAAGAAGAAAAGAAAUAGGGGCGUAUCUACACCUGACAGAAACCAGUGAGACGUAACUGGCAGCCAGAAACAUGCACAGACAUGGUGAAGUCUAAGCAUGCAGAUAAGCUGUGUUUUACCCACGCCCAAGUCAGACACAAAACAGCUUCAGAGAGCUACAACACUGGAUCUCUGAGUAAGUCACUUCAGAAAAUCUUCACAAUGUUCCUUGCUAAAGCUUUGCUGAGUGGAGGAAGUGGAGGAAGUGGAGGAAGUGGUAAGAGUCGUGGAGGAAACCUUGUACGUGGCCUUGGAGGGCUCCUGACAGGAGGUGGAGGUGCAGGGAAUAUUGGAGGACUUGUUGGAGGUCUCGUCAACCUUAUAAGUGAAGCAGCAGCUCAGUAUAACCCAGAGCCGCCUCCACCUCCUCGCAAUCAUUUUACAAAUGUGGAAGCUCAGGAGAGUGAUGAGAUCAGACAAUUUCGUCGCCUGUUUGCCCAGCUGGCUGGAGAUGAUAUGGAAGUGUGUGCCACUGAGCUAAGGGACAUCCUGAACAAAGUCCUCUCCAGACACCAAGACCUGAAGGCGGAUGGCUUCAGCUUGGACACCUGCCGCAGCAUGGUCGCCGUCAUGGACAGCGACACGAGCGGCAAGCUGGGCUUUGAGGAGUUCAAGUACCUGUGGAACAACGUCAAGAAGUGGCAAGGAGUGUACAAGCAGUACGACACUGAUCAGUCAGGCACCGUUGGGAGAGCCCAGCUGCCCAGCGCCUUGAGGGCUGCGGGGUUCCAGCUGAACGAGCAGCUGUGCCGCGUGAUCGUGCGCAGGUACGCCGCCGAGGACGGCAGCAUGGACUUCAACAGCUUCAUCAGCUGCCUGGUGCGCCUGGACAGCAUGUUCAGGGCCUUCAAGUCCCUGGACCAGGAUGGAAGUGGCCAUGUCAGAGUGACCAUUGAAGACUGGCUGCAGCUGACCAUGUAUUCGUGAAGGCAAAGAAGAGGCCUUGUGUGGAAGAUCCAUCUGGAGGGCUACACUCCUCUGCUACACUGCUGUGGGCUUCACCUUUAGUCUUUCUAGGGCAGAUGUAGCAGUAGAUGGCUUAGCUUCAAGUGUAGUGAUUCCUCUAGUGCAUGCACUAGUUUGCUUUUCUGAGGGGUUUCUGUAGGUUGUUUGGGCAGUUGCAAAAGUUAAGAAAAUUCUAAACUCUAAGGUUAGGGAAUAUAUUAGAAAGAUUAAAGCUUAUUUACUGUUUCAUGUAAAGUGGCUUGUACACUAGUAUAACUAUUACAUA